UCAACGAUGCUCGGCCGGAGUGUGUUCUUGACAGCCUUGCUAGCUUUCGCAAGCGCUGAUAUUCAUGCACCACCUCCAAUAUCAGUAGAUGUACAGGCCAGCUGGAAUCAGCCGCCCUACUGCGAAAUCGCGAUGGAAAUAGCACAUAAAUUAGAGCCAGGAAUACUCAAUAAGCUGUUACCUAAAGUAGAUUGUAGUGCAACUCCUGAAGAAAUCUACUCUAAAACGAGACAACAAGUUAAGAAGUCAAAGCAAUCGUUGUUCGAUCUUCAUAUCGCAUUAGAAUCGAGUUCACCCGCGAUAGUUGCUGCAUACAACGUAGCAGAGGAUGCUGGAUUUUAUUACGACCCUUCCUGUCCAAAUUUCGUCGUUUAUCAGGGAAGGAAAUUAUGUGACGUAGAUGAAAUUGACAGACUCGACCAGCAAGCCUGGCCUGAAAGUGAUACUUUUUACACUACAGGAAGCACCCUCGAUCACGUACUUUCCGAACCAACAUCGGAAGACCCACCAAUCAUUAUACACUACGCGGAUCCAACUGCAGAGAACUUCAAACCAUUCUUUGAUUACUUUAUUAAGCGUUCAAAACGCCUUCAAUACAUACUCAGAUGGGCUCCUACGAGAGAUCAUAGUUUUAGACCUCAGAAGUUAUCAGGAUGGGGUGUCAAAAUGGAUCUCAAGAAACGCGAAUACCUCUCACACGACGACAGAGUUAACGCCGAAAAAAUCAAUAACAUACAGACCAAUGUUGCUAGCGAUAUGUCAGAUGAAGAGUAUGGUGUCUUGCAACCAUUUUUAAAAGAAGCUUUCACAAAACCACUUCAGACCAUCGAGACGAAGGAAGAUAUACGCAGCCUAUCUGGAAACCUGAUUGCUCUUCUACAGAAAUCAGACAAUCCACUUGGUUUACUUACUGCAAUCACACAGAAUCUUCCUCUCUUGGCGCCACAAUUAGCUGAGACUGACCUAGAUGGCAGCAACGAUAUACUCAAGGAAUUAUCAUAUAAUCAAGAAAAAUACAUCGAAGCAGGCCAAAAUGCUGUCUGGCUAAACGGCCGUAGACUGUAUGAUGUUGAUAUUGAACCAUUCAGUUUAUUGCGUCAACUUGAAAAUGAAAAUAAGCUCAUUGAUUCUAUAUCUACUUUAGGUUUCUCAAAAUCCGAUGCUAUCAAAUUGCUUAAUCAUCGUGCAUUGUAUGCCGCUCAAGUCACUAGACCAGAUUCCAUUGCAGAGGGCUUGGUAGAUGCUUCAGAUAGAAUUGAGGGUGGUGAUGUGGUGAGAUGGAUAAAUGAUCUUGAGAAAGACGAACAAUAUAGAAAUAAAUCAUGGUCACCAUACCUGCGUAGCUUAUUAUCACCUUUGGGAAGAGUGGCUAGGAACUAUAUCAACUGUGUUCUUGUAGUUGAUUUGUCAAAAAACGAAGCUAUCGAAAUGUUAUCAAGGAAUGUGAGAGCUUUCAUCGAUCGCGGAAUACCUGUUCGUUGGGGUGUUACUCCUUACAUCAACUCUCUAAACGAUGAUAGCUUGAUGGCUACGAAAUUGUUCUACAAUUUGAUCGAUAAAAGAGGUGUAAAGACGUGUCUGGACUAUUUUUCAGAUAUUGCUAUACGUACCGGCACCUUUGCCGAAAGGGCAGAAGCUGCGUAUCUGGAUUUACCUAUUUUAAAUGAUGUUCCUCUCCAAGACGAAUUUGAUACAGUAAUGGAAGAUAUGGCGAAGAAUAAGAUCUUGAAGAAAGCUCAGAAAUAUGCCAGGCGUCUUGGUGUUAGUCCAGGAGAACACGAGAUCGACUUUAUAGGGGAAAUAUUCGUCAAUGGCCGUCCGAUUAUGUUCGAUGAUAGAUUAAUAUUAUCUCUUCAAGAACACAUUUCAGCCCAGACUGAUGCUAUCACGAAGGCAGUUUACAAAGCUGAGAUUGACGAGAGAAGCGAUGUAUCUUUAUACUUCUACGACAAGCCUAGUACACUGAAACGUCGCAAUAAAUAUCUACAGCCAUCAAGUAAAAUUAUGAAUUAUGUUCACUCAGAAUCGGACUUUUUUGAAACAACAUUUGUAGUUCCUGACACACCAGAGAGAAUCGACGUGACUAUAUGGUUGGUAUCUGAUUUCAACAAGCCAGAGAGUAUGGAGUUGAUCAAGCAUGCUUUAUCUGGUAUGAUCGUCAGUCCAACCUUUAGAUUAGGAUUUGUUCAUAAUCCUUCGGAGCUUGAAACACCAACUGGCUCCAUAAGUCAGACGAUAAAGGGUUUACCUGAAAGAGUCUCACCUUUGGAGUUCUUUGAGGCAUUACAAGAUAGAGGGGAAAUCCCAGAAGAUGCUGAAGGCAUGGAAGGAGCAAGUGAAUGGAUAUAUGAAACAGAUAUUGAACCAGGUGAAUCUGGUCUUAUAGUAAAUGGUCGCGUCAUUGGUCCAAUUCCUCCAAAUGGCUUGGAAGAGGAAGACUACUCGCACUUGUUCCAAUAUGAUUACGCAGAAAGAGUUUUACCUAUAGUUACGGCUCUAGAGGAGAUUGCUCCACACCGCCUGAAAGGUAAUGUCGAUGAUGUUGCCAAUCUUUUAACUCAACUUGGUUCACAACUAUGGAAAAACAUACAAAAUGAACAACCAGAAGGCAUAUAUGAACCCCCUCACACGCCUCGCGCGAGAGUAUUAGAGCGCCUACACUCCAAACACACGUCGAUUCGUCUUGGUAAAGAGUUAUCAUCUCAAUAUUCGUUAGACGUGAUCCUAGAUCCUUUCAGCGAACAAGGUCAAAAAUGGUCAAAAAUACUACACGCGAUAGCAGAAGCAGGAGAUACAUAUAUUAGAAUAGUUUUCAAUCCCAACCUUGACAGUGACAAGAUUGCAGCAAAUCGCUUUUAUAGGUUCAAUAUGCAUGCAAAGCCACGAUUCGAUGAAAAUGGCCAUGUUAUUGAUUAUGCAACAAAAUUCUCUCAGAUGCCAGUCGAUGCACUUUUCACACUAGAACUUGAUCCACCGCAAGCUUGGUUAACGCGACCGGUGUAUGCUCCAGUAGAUCUUGAUAACCUUAAUCUGGCUACCGCUCCUUACAAAAAUCUCAAUGCUAUUUACCAGCUAGACAAACUUGUAGUUGAUGGACAUGCUAGAGAUUCGCGAACUAGCUUACCUCCGAGGGGUCUUCAAUUGUCAUUGAAAGAUACUACAAUAGAUACGCAGGUGGUUGCAAACCUAGGGUAUCUUCAAUUAGCUGUUGUUCCAGGUAGGUGGGAACUUGAAAUAAGAGAAGGGCGCGGUAGAGAUGUAUAUGAGCUUGAAAGUAUUGGAAGUGCAGGAUGGAAUAGCCCAAGCGUCAAAGAAGGACUCAAAGACUUUAUAGUAGACAGCUUCGAGGGCGUCAAAUUAUAUCCACGAUUCUUAAAAAAACCAGGAAUGGAAGGAAUCGACGUACUCUCAGAACAGCAUGAAGAUGGUUUGUUACCAUUUGUAAAACAAUCUAUUACAAGCCUUAAAAGCUUCUUUGGGUUGCGUAGCAAAUCGGAACAUGCAGAUAUCAACAUCUUUACUGUAGCUUCUGGUCUACUAUACGAGCGUUUUGCUUCCAUUAUGAUCUUGUCGGUGUUAAAACACACGGAUCAUACUGUGAAAUUUUGGUUCAUUGAAAAUUUCUUGUCUCCAUCGUUUAUUGAGUUUUUACCUCAUUUGGCCAAGGAAUAUAACUUCAAGUACGAGCUGGUUACUUACAAGUGGCCUAGUUGGUUACGUCCACAAAAAGAAAGACAGAGGAUGUUAUGGGCAUACAAGAUUCUCUUUCUUGAUGUUUUAUUUCCAAUGUCUUUGGAUAAGAUCAUAUUCGUAGACGCAGAUAACAUCGUUAGGACUGACCUCAAAGAAUUAAUAGAUGUUGAUUUACAUGGUCGCGCAUAUGGUUAUCCGCCUAUUGGAAUGGAUAGACAAGAGAUGGAUGGUUAUCGUUUCUGGACAAGGGGUUACUGGAAGGACUAUCUUCGUGGUCGUAAUUAUCACAUUAGCGCACUCUAUGUUGUAGAUCUCAAAAGAUUUAGACAAAUGGCAGCAGGAGACCGAUUGAGAGGCCAAUAUCAAGGACUUUCAGCUGAUCCCGGCUCAUUGGCCAAUUUGGACCAAGAUUUACCAAAUAAUUUCCAGACCGAGGUACCAAUUCAUUCGCUGGAUAAGUCAUGGCUAUGGUGUCAAACAUGGAACUCAGACGAAAGCUUAGCAGACGCGAAGACGAUCGAUCUAUGUAACAACCCAAUGACUAAAGAGCCUAAACUAGAAAGGGCACGCAAGAUUCCAGAAUGGACAGACUACGAUAGAGAUAUCCAGGACUUUAGUGCUAAGUUAGCAAGUGAGAAGCUUAUUAAAUCGUUGCUCGUCACUGAAACGGAAGACCUGGCUCAAGGACCAAAAGUGACAUGGGAGGAGAAGACAGAAGAAGGAGAUAUAAAGAAUAACCACUUAAAAGAUGAAUUGUAAAUUAAUGAAUAAAUAUCG